GAAUGGCGCUAGACUCGAAUGGAAGACGCUGGUCUUUAUUUGUAAACAUAGCGUUUCCAUCGCAGACAUAGCAGUGUAUCCCGUUAUCGCUGUGUUUUGCCCAUUCAUUCUGUACGGGGCGGUUAACACGGCUAUGUUUUGAACACGCGUUUUGACAACUGUGAUCCAUACUUAUUAAACGCAUCGAGACUGAAAAGAUAGUUGGUCACCAACAAUGACUUAAACUUGAACCAUUUAAAGCUGAAAUGUAACUGUUACAGUUAGGUAUCUUAACACGGUCGUGUUGGUUGCUGGUUUGUGUGGUUGUGUGGGUUGGUUAAAUUCAUUGAUGGUUUCAUUUAUCGACCAAUGCCUAAAUAAGAGUAAAUAAGGCGUUUCACUUUUCAGGACCACUUUGCGGUCACAAUGUGGAGCUACAGGGAUGAUCAGAGCAACUGAAUCUUUCAUGAGUCCCCCCCCCCCGCUGAGAGUUAACAAAUAUUGUCUUAUAGGCUAUACAGAACUGUAACAUCAACGUUGGCUACUGAAUGGGUGGCUUUCUAUUUUAAUGUCAUUUUUUCCAAGAUAUUUGAAAGAGACCAUGGCAGCCAAGGAUAAGUUAGCCCUGUGGGACCCAUAUGAAACCUCGAACAAAAGAGAGUUUUUCUACCGGUCAAGCUCAAACACUGAGUUUACACUGCCAGCGACCUCCAAAACGUUCAGGGACUGCUAUUCACCAUCUGGACCUGUGGGUCCAACUGGUUACAGUGAGGACUUCUGCUGGAAAGCUGUCUCUAAGACUGAAUGCAUUCGAACAGGCUCGGCCUCAGGACAGAGGAGGAACAAUCCACAUCCAAGUCAGGGCUUCCUUACGUGGAGGCUGCCAAAAGGCGCUUCGCAGAGCUCUGCAGGGGGGAGCAGAUUCACAUCUGAAGAGGAGAUCCAGAAAGCCUUGACAGCGCAGUACUGCUCCACCUACCGCACUGACUUCCUGGGCCUCCCUCAAGGAGCCGAUCACAUUAAUUCCUAUGGGGAAGCUGGGCUGGUACCUCUACGCAGCAGGCAGCAGGAUCCUCACUGGACUCGCACUGAGAUGAGGGACAAUUACUGCCGGCCCAAGAAGGAGCAACUGCAGGACAACCGGUGUGAUACUGCCUAUGGCGGUAACGCACGCCACCGUGUGCACUGCAGAGGAAUAGUACCAACCGUUGUCCAACGGCACAUACGAGAUCGACACGAUGUUUCGGAGCUGACCACCUAUGAUACGUUCUUCGGAAGGAAGGCUUCUGUUGUCCCAUACGUGCUCAACGCUUUACAGCCACAGGAGCUGCAGCAGUUAUGCAAAGUUCUACCUGAAAAAGACACAGCGCUCAUGAAGAGCUUAAUGAGUAAAGCGGCUGGCGGUCAGGAAGAGAGAAAAGAGAGGAAACUUCCCGCGGUCACAAUGCCUGCUUCCAGACCGAUGGAGUGGAUAUCGAGCUGGCCAGGCCCUCACUGACUGAGACGUUCCGCACCGCACCGGGAGGGAAACGCUUUCGUGACCAUAAACCUAAUGAAGAACUCUUUUUUUAUGUGGUCACUUUAGUUAUUCUGUGUUAAUUAAAACUCUUCCAAAAGCU